AUGAGCGCCGUCCUACCGGGCAAGCCACAGUCCAGACCUCAGGGUCUCGCUGUGGGCUAUUGGGACAAGAGGCAUCUGAACGUAUACGUAACCGGAAACGCCCUCACGAUCCUCGAUGACGUUGGCGCCAUUGUCCAGACCAUCUACGAUGACGACGAGCAACCUCUCGAAGCUGUUGUAUUUGACGAAUUAACUGGCAAGAUCGCCAGCUGCACAUCCUCCGUCGUCCGAGUGUACAAACCCCUAGGGCUGCAGGAUAAUGCUCUCAAGUGGGCUCUCGAGUCAACCUUCGAUAUUCCCAACCCUACCUCGGAAACACCAUGUGCCCUAUCUUGGGGAAGCUCAGAGGAGCUUCUCGUAGCGACCACUUCACUCUCCCUAUUUACGACAAAGGGCUCUGCCGAGUGUAUCUGGCAAAAACAGCUUCCGAACCCGGUCAAAUCUGCCCUACUCUCUUACGACUCAGCCUUCAUCGUGAGCAUUGGCCAUUAUGAUCGACUUCCCAAGGUCUGGCGCCGGUUGGCAUAUGGGAGAGACGAGGUGCGCUUCGAUAUGUCCUAUCUCCGUCACCCCGGUAUCGUCGCUACAAUCAGGUGGCGUAAGCCGUUCCAUGUGGAGCAGGCUGCUGAGAACGUCCUGUAUACGUUUUCCACCGAUUCAACGGUCCGCAUUUGGACGCCCGCAGAAGCCUCCGAGGGGAAAAGCUGGCGCCUUUGGGGCCAUGUUGACAUUGGAGCAUCUCUUCAGGAUGGGCCGCCAUUGGCGCAUGACGUGCAGUUGGCAUUCGUCAUUGACGGUCGAGACUUCACAACUUCUGUCGAGCGCGUAGUCCAAGACCAAAUGGCUGACGAUGCCAGUACUGACGACGUGGCUCUGGAUCAUCUAGUCGCCAUAGCACGGAGGAAUCCCGAGAUAUGCGUUGCUGUGGAUAGCUAUGGAUUGGUGUCAGCGUGGGCGUUCGAGAAUGUGGGAAGCAGUAACAACGGCUCCCCAAGCAUCUUCACGAUUGCGAAAAUCAAGUCUCGACAAGUGGAUCUUCUUGGUGGCUUUCUCUCUCUGAAGGACCUGCCGCACGUGGAAGUUCAGACAUAUUGUGAUAAACACACCGGGCGGCUGCACAUCCUUUUACACUCGUUUGACGGCAGAAUUGGUGUUCUAACCGCCAACGUCGCAGACUUGUUUGAUCCUACGACCAAUAACCAUCGUCUUUCCUUGGAUACCGUCUGGUCAGGGCAUUCCAAAUCCAUCAAGAAAAUGGUGCGUAAUUUCAGUGGCCGUGCGGUCGUCUCGAGAACCGGAGGUGGGGAGAGCAUUGUUUGGAAGCAUCCCGUCUCCUCAAAUCGGGCCUCGAAAUCGAAUCUCACUCGCCAAUGCGUUGUUCCCAAUAAAAGUCGGGUCCAUCGCAUCUGCGUCCUCCGCAAGGGCCGAUUCGUGGUCUUCCUUUACGAGGACGAGAAGCGGGUUGUGCUUUGGGAUUGCCGUUCGAGAACGGCGACUCUUCUUGGAAAAUGCCAGUAUGAGGUCGAGGGCAAACCCUUAUGUCUAAUCAUUCUCCCUCGUCCACAAGUGAAGGAUUACGCUACAGCUCAUAUUGCAACAGUGACUUCUCUAGGGAAAGGGAUUGUGUGGGAGGUGAAACUACCUCCCUAUUUCGAAGACCCUAUGUCUGUACGUGGCACUGGCGUCCGUGAGUUCUGUCGGUUCGAACUGGAAGCCGAUUCUCUGUCAUACAUGUUACCUGUUGAUCCAGCAGGCUCGGCUCCGGUAGAACACGGUUUUCUCGAUGUCUUCGCUCGAGAUAUCGCUAUCUCCUACACACACGAAGGUCGUGUUGACUUCUGGACUGCCCGUGUCAACCUUGAAAAACGGAGUGUUGAAUGGUUGUCAACCUGUUAUACUGAGACUGGCUUAUCUGAGCCAGCCCUGGUCAGCGGAAGUAUGCUGAGGAAAGCCUCUGUAGUCGACUCGACACGGUCGCAAGUGACAAUUUGGGAUAUCGGAGGCACCCGCCUUGAGUUUAGUGAAGACUAUACAGCCCAUGAGGUUGUGCAAGAUCUCGACUGGACAUCGACCCCUGAUUCGCAGUCUAUUUUAGCCGUGGGGUUCCAAUACCGGGUUCUUCUACUUUCUCAAAUGCGUUUUGAUUAUUUGAACAAGGGUCCUGCUUGGAGCGCCAUUCGAGAGAUCAGCAUUCGUGAACUUACGCCUCAUCCGAUCGGAGACUCAACUUGGUUGGGUGAUGGUCAUCUUGUGAUUGGGGCAGGGAAUCAAAUGUUUGUUUACGAUCGGAAUGUUGCUAGCUGUGACCAGCUUCUAAGUAGCAUUCGUCUGCCUCAGAAGAAAGAUGGUACCUGGGACCUCUUUGACGCCGUACAAAGAUUCAACGGUCCGCUGCCCGUUUUUCACCCGCAGUUUCUUAGCCAGUGUAUUUUGGCUGGCAAGAGUAACCUUGUUUGCCGGAUUCUUGUGUCGUUGCACAAAACUUUGAAGUAUUAUAUCCAAGGCGAGCCUCUGGAUGACUAUCUCGGGAUUGACCUUGAGGAGUUUUUUAUUCAAUCCGAACAGCGAACUCGGACAAGCGAGAAAAUCAACGGAUCGUAUCUUGACUCUGGUCUAGAUGAAGACGAGGAUGAUGAUACUUUUACUGAGCAAACUGCGGCGGCCAUCAAUGAUAAAUUGUUGAAGAUCAGCAUACCACAACUGUCCGGCCACGAGCAAAUGCAGCUCGCGGAUAUCACCGAAUGUUCAGCUACCGUCGAGCGACACAGGCGCUCUAUGGAUGAAAACGCUGCUCGCUUUAUGCUCUUCGUUCGCCAGAAUGCUCUACGCAAAGGACAAGCCAAUGACUUGCACCUUUCUUGGAGGGAAGUGAAUUGGGCAUACCAUUCUACGAGUCAGGAUAUCUUGGUAGACUUUGUGUCACGACAGAAUCAUGGCAACAUGCUUUGGUCCAACGCUCGCGAGAAUGGUCUCUUCAUGUGGUUGACAGAUAUAAACACUGUGAGGGCUCAAUUCGAGAUGAUUGCGAGGAAUGAGUACACCAGGGAUGAGGAUAAAAACCCCGUGGGCUGCAGUCUCUACUACCUGGCACUUCGUAAAAAGACGGUGCUCCAAGGGUUAUGGCGCAUGGCUCUAGCGAACAAAGAACAGAUUGCCACGCAGCGGUUACUGGCUAACAACUUUGCUGAUCCGAAAUGGAAGACGACAGCUUUAAAGAAUGCAUAUGCAUUGCUAAGUAAACGACGGUUCGAGUAUGCGGCCGCAUUCUUUCUCCUUGCCGACAACCUCGAAAGUGCAGUUGAUAUCUGCCUACACCAAAUGAAAGAUAUCCAGUUGGCCAUCGCAAUAGCACGUGUAUAUGGAGGGGAUGAGAGCCCUGUGCUGCGCAAGAUCCUACACGAUGAAGUACUUCUGUUGGCGGCCCAGGAAGGCAACCGAUGGUUGGCAUCGUGGGCUUUCUGGAUGCUGGGUCGAAAGGACAUGGCCGUCCGAGCUCUUGUUACGCCUGUGUACGACCUUGUAGAGACACCCUGUUCUCCAGAUAUCAAGUCCCGCCUAUUUUUGACGGAUGAUCCGGCGCUCGUGGUUCUCUAUUCACAGCUUCGACAACAAACUUUACAAACGCUCCGAGGAGCAUCCAAGGUCACGCCCAAGGUGGAGUGGGGGUUUGUUCUGCAUAGCGCAAAACUUUACGACCGUAUGGGUUGUGAUCUCCUUGGCCUAGAUUUAGUCCGCAACUGGGAGUUCCAGCAGAUGUCCACAAUUACACAGAUUGGUGGUAACGUCAAUCCUCUCCAAUUACUCCGAAGAAGGAGUUCACUCGUUGUCGAUGAUCGCCCUGCUUUAGGCAUAGAGCGCAAGAUUAUGAUCGAAGGGCCGAAGAAGCCCAAGGCAGCACCAACGACGUUCCAAGAACCUGACGCAGGAUCUCUCCUGGAUAGCUUUGGAUUUUAG